GCUGUGCACCUCCGCCCACUGCCUACAACCCCAAGCCACUGGAAAAAAAUGUAGCUUUGUCACUAGACAGAAGUGAGAGAUGGAAGGAAAACAAGGAGAAUCUGCCAGCACCAAAUGCCUACAUAUCCGUGGACAUCCCUCAAAUCAAAACUCCUGGCCGUUCUGCCCACGGGUCGCGGUCUAAGCCUCGUCACAGAUCUCCUACUUCCACGACCUCAUCCAGCAUACUCAACUCGUCCACGUUAAGCAACUGCUCAUCUAAUUCUGACUUGAGCUCAUCAUCUAAAAGGAGCGUUUUUCUCAGUCCCAUCACCCCCCGGGCUCCUCGUUCGAGCUGCGCUAGAAGUGCUAGAGACAAAAGUGAUGGCGUCAAGCUGCAGCUUGCUACUCUGCAGCGAGAAAGAGAUGAGCUCCAGAGGCUGGUUGCUUCCCUGGAGCAAAAAUUAGCCAGCUUAAAGAGCAGAGAAGCUGAUGAAAAAGAGCAGCCAAUUGAAGACAAUGAGGGAGCAAUCGCCGAGAAAACCAGUUCAGCUUUACUUGAAGUGGCCCAGCAACAACUUGGUGCAGCUCAGUGCGCCGUGUCUGCCCUGCAGGAUGAAAAAAGUGGUCUUCUCCUGCAACUGCAGCAAUUGCAGAUCACAUCUCCAACGCGGGAUGCGGGUGCUGCUAUCGUCGGUGGUAUCAGUGAUACGGCCGAGCUUUCACAGGAAGAUCUCAUGAAGGAGGAAGUGGCGCACCUAACAAUGCUGCGCGACAACCUCGAAGCCAGCGUUGUUCAUAAGAACGCUCUCAUCGCCGACCUCGAGCUUCAGUGCACUCGCUUGCAAGAAGCGUGUCAGGAGCACAAGCAGCAGCUCGAGCAUUGCCGGGACAUUCUUUCCUGUUACGAGUUUGAGUUGCAUGGUGGUGAAGACGAAGAGGGUGUCCUUGCAUCGUCCUCCAUCUCGCGUUGUGUGGAGACCCUCAGUCAACGCUACAAGUCCCUGCUUGCCUCCAACGGCGCACUGGCCCAGGAUCACAAGCAGCAAAUAUCAGCGCUCCAGACGGAACUAUCGCAGCUUAAAGACAAAAUUUGCGAUUACGAGGCUAAAGUGACGCAACUUCGACAUGAUGCCACAGAACAGGAGAGCACGAUUACAGCUUUAAAGGAGAAUGUGCAGGCGCUCGAGGUGCUCGUUAAAGAAAAAGAACUCAUGGAAAUUUUAUUACAAGAAGAGAUCAGGCAACGGAACAGCGAGAUGAACUUGUUAGAGGAAUCUUAUACGGCAAUCGAGACCAAACUCGCAGAAGCUCUGGCUCGAGAUUGCGAGCUGUCGUCUGAGCGGGCGGCACGAGAAAACGCAGAGAAGAGCUUAAAGCAAGUCGAACUGGAGCUUGUUACCUCGGUUGAGAAUCAGAAGCACCUACAACAGGAGUUGCGUGGCAAGAAGGAAGAGAUCACGGCUAGCCAGAAGAAGAUAGAAGAACUUGCUAACGAGCUCACCACAGUGCGACAAGAAUCUCUUGAUCUUAAAGAAGAGGUCGAGGGUCAGCUCAAUCAGGUGUUGGCUCUUCGAGCCUCGUUAGCUGCAAAAGAUUACGAUAUUGACGAACGCGAGGAAACGAUAGCCACGCUGAAGGAGGAGAUAGUGACAAAAACGGAUUUGGUUAACAACCUACAAAAGCAGUUGGAUUCUCACAAGACGACAGAAGUUGAGCUCAAUGCGCAGUUACGCGAGAAAACUGAAGCGUUUGCCGCAAUUGAAGUGAAAAUGUCCGAAGCACAGAACAAGCAAGCUUGUUUAGAGGAGCAGCUGAAACAGUUUCGUAGCGAGUCUGAAACAGCGUUGUUGUGCCUGAAAGAUAUGCACGCUGCUGAGUUGCAUGACUUAAAAGCCUUAAAAGACGAAGAAACAUCUAAGGUGUUGUCUCUUAGACGAGAAUGUGUGGCCAAUGAAGAAGCAAUCUCUGAACUCAGUUCGAAACUUGCAGAAAAGGAGAAGACUAUCCAGAAUUUUGAGCAAAAUAUUGUUCAGCUGACAUCCGAGCUCGAGGAUGCUGAAGAAGUCCAUGCGAAGAACAUUAAAGAAGCCCGAGCUGAGAUGGACGAAUUGAGCAUCCAGUAUUCAAACUCGCUUCUGGAGCUCGAGUCUACGAAGGGAGCUCUGGCCCUGGCCACGCAGCACAGUCAGCGAGUCUUACUCGAGCUUGAAGCUUCUGAAGCUGACAUUAAAGAGAUGAAGGAGGAUGCCGAUAAGUGGCAGCGUGAGGUAUUAAUGCACAUCGCCGAGAAACAGACGCUCGAGGAUAACUUGAGAAAACUCACUGCUAAAUAUACAGCUUUUGAGCAAGCUAAAGUGGCCGACGAAGCGCAACGUGAGGAUCUGAUACGACGACUGCAUGCUGAACUUGAGCUGAGCAAGCUGAGCUUCUCUCAGUUGCAGUCUGAAACGACAGCUCUUCAGUCCACGAACACUGGAUUCAUAAACCAAAUUCAGCAGCUACGACAAGAUUUAAAGAAGAAGUCGGCAGCGAUCGAGGAAAGCAAGGAGUGCAUUGAAGUGUUGCGCGAGGAGCGGCGAUGUGCCCUGGAGUGUAAAGAAGAACUUCAGAGCAAGGCUGACGAUCGUCAAAAUCAAAUAAGAGAUUUACGCUUGAAGUUGGAAGAUCUCAAAUCAAGGGUAAAAGAUCACGAGAACACUAUAAUGCAGUCCAAUGAAAACCUGGCCAAACACAUUAGCAGCAUAGCUCAAGAAAGACAGAAAGCGGCGGCUGAGAGAGAAGCGGACAUGAAACACUUCUCCGAAGUUGAGCAAAUGUUAUCUCGAGAUAAACAAGAACUAGAGCAGCGUGUGGGGAGUCUUCUUGAGCAAAUGGAAGCUGUCGUUGAGCUUAAGGACUCCUUUGCAGAGAAGGUUAGCUUGCUGGAACAAGACGUGGUGCAGCUCAAGGUAGCAAACGCAGCUGCGGAGCAGGCAAAGAUCGCCGCUGAGGCCACUUUUUUGGAGUUUGAUUCAAUGAAGGGAGAACUGGAGAAGAAUAGAAAAGAAGCUGAGGAAAGUCUUGCCAUUCGUGAGAAGUUGGAAUCUGAAGUAACUUUUGCACGGGAACGAUUUGAUUUGUUGGAGAAGCAGCUGCUUAACGUUACACAGGCGAAGGCAGAAGUGGAAUCUGAACUUGAAAAGGAAGAGGAGAUCCAACGAAAUGAUCCAGAUGAUCUACAAAAUUUUAGCUUCUUAGUAAAACAUGAGGAUUUGAUGCGACGACUGCAGGCCGAACUUGAGCUGAGCAAACUGAGCUUCUCUCAGUUGCAGUCUGAAACGACAGCUCUUCUGUCCACGAACACUGGAUUCAUAACCCAAAUUCAGCAGCUACGACAAAAUUUGAAGAAGAAGUCGGCAGCGAUCGAGGAGAACAAGGAGGGCAUUGAAGUGUUGCGCGAGGAGCGGCGUUGUGCCUUGGAGUGUAAAAUUCAGAGCAAGACUGACGAUCGUCAAAAUAAAAAAAGAGAUUCUCGCUUGCAAUUAGAACAUCUCAAAUCGAGGGUAAAGGAUCACGAGAACACUAUAAUGCAGUCUAAUGAAAACCUGGCCAAACACAUUAAUAGCAUAGCUCAAGAAAGACAGAAAGCGGCGGCUGAGAGAGAAGCGGUUAUGGAACACUUCUCGGAAGUUGAGCAAAUGUUAUCUCGAAAUAAGCAAGAAAUGGAUCAGCGUAUGGGGAGUCUUCUUAAGCAAAUGGAAGCUGUCGUUGAGCUCAAGGACUCCUUUGCAGAGAAGGUUAGCUUGCUGGAACAAGACGUGGUGCAGCUCAAGGUAGCAAAUGCAGCUGCGGAGCAGGCAAAGAUCGCCGCUGAGGCCACUUUUUUGGAGUUUGAUUCUACAAAGGUGAAGACGGAUGUGGAAUCUGAACUUGCUGGUGUUCAGGAUCAGCUUCUGAAUCUUCAGGCAGAAAAUGAAGCCUGCCGAAAUGAGUUGAAUCUGGCAACGGAAGCCUUGAACGAGCUAAGGAGCCACCACACCGAAUGUGAAGAGCUACAGACUCUUGUGUCGACGCUUUCCGACUACCUGACGAAAUCCGACGAUCAGAAGCGAGAAUGGCAGGCAAAAUGCGCUCAACUCGAGAAACUCGUCGAACCUUUCAGAGAUCAGUUGGAAAAUUACGAAGCAGAACGUGAAAUUUUGAUGAGGUCUAAGACAGCUGCCCAAAAAGAGGUCGAAGAUCUCAGUCAAAAAUAUGUAUCUCUUCUGGGCCACCAGAACCACAAGCAGAAGAUCCAGCAUGUCGUUAAGCUCAAGGCUGAGAACUUGAAGCUUCUGGAGGAGGUGACCAAGCUGCGUGUGGAGAGCGAAAAGCAGCGGAAGACAAUAAAGCGUCUAGAAGAAAGACUCGGGGACGCAGACAAGAAGCCCUCCACAAGCUCAAGUGGUUGUCCCGGGCGAGUAGCCAAGAGCAUCUCAAAUAAAGAAAAUACCAAGGCAGUUCCUCGCUCGCCUCUACGUCCCAGCAAUCAAAUUUUGAAGUAGCUGAUGGCACGGUCGCUAUAAUUUUGGCAUCUGCUGGGCUACAACUGAAGUAUAAUAUUUUUACUCAUUUAGUGCCAUUUCAAUCUAUUCAUGCAUGGAAUUAAUUUGUACUCAAAAUGAAGUGAUUGACCGUUGAGAUCGUUUCAAAAAGAUGGAGGACAAAGGAAUUACUAUUUUUAUACCACGAGACUACCUACUAUUGAAAGUGCUAAGCAGGAAAAACAAGUUUUCACCUAAUUUUUGAUUGUUGAAAAUCAGUGGUCAUUAUCUCUCAGAGACGAAAACCGCGUUAGAAUGAUGUGCGAAUCGACAGAGAUUUAUUUGUAUAAACUGCCUUCUGCUGAAGUGAAUUAGACGUGGGAACAUUUUAAGCUGUGCAACAAUAUAAAUGAAGGUAUUGACGUUUAGUGCACAUGGAUUGAGUUAUUCUCUGGCUAGCUGUGGAGUAACGUCCAUAAUUAAAUCACUUAUUUCUAUAA